CAGAGAUAACAUCAAACGACAGCACCUAUCUAUAUAGAUAAAGAGGCAAUUAAGCAUUCUCAGAUAUAACACUAAACCACUAAGCAAAAUAUAUCGAUCACACGAUAUGGCAUUUAAAGGCUAUUUCCUUAUCGGCCUCAUUGCUAUUGUUGUUGUCACUUCCAAAGUUACAUGCGAAUUAGAAGCAGAAACAGUUUCACCUAUUAUUGACAUUUCACUCAAUCGGAACAGUUUCCCUGAAGGCUUCAUCUUUGGGGCAGGAUCUUCCUCGUACCAGUUCGAAGGUGCAGCAAUGGAAGGUGGUAGAGAACCAAGUGUAUGGGAUACCUUCACCCAUAAUUAUCCAGCUAAGAUCAAGGAUAGAAGCAACGGAGACGUGGCAAUUGACUCAUAUCACCACUACAAGGAAGAUGUUGGCAUGAUGAAGGAUAUGAAUUUGGAUUCAUAUAGAUUUUCCAUUUCUUGGUCAAGGAUUCUCCCAAAAGGAAAGCUAAGUGGAGGUAUAAAUCAAGAAGGAAUCAACUAUUACAACAACCUUAUCAAUGAGCUACUAGCUAAUGGUAUACAACCACUCGUCACUCUUUUUCAUUGGGAUCUUCCUCAAGCAUUAGAAGACGAGUACGGCGGCUUCUUAAGUCCACUUAUAGUGAAAGAUUUUCGGGACUAUGCGGAAAUUUGCUUCAAGGAAUUUGGUGAUAGGGUGAAGUAUUGGGUUACUUUGAACGAGCCAUGGAGUUACAGUCAGCAUGGUUAUGCAAAUGGAGGAAUGGCACCAGGUCGUUGUUCUGCUUGGUUAAAUUCAAAUUGCACUGGAGGUGAUUCUGCAACAGAGCCUUAUUUGGUUACACAUCACCAACUUCUUGCUCAUGCAGCAGUUGUUCGUGUGUACAAGACCAAGUAUCAGGUGUCUCAAAAGGGUUCAAUAGGCAUAACUUUGGUAGCUAAUUGGUUUAUACCGCUCAGAGAUACCAAAUCUGAUCAAAAGGCUGCUGAAAGAGCAAUUGACUUCAUGUAUGGAUGGUUUAUGGAUCCAUUAACAACCGGAGACUAUCCAAAAAGCAUGCGAUCUCUUGUGAGAACAAGAUUGCCAAAGUUUACUACAGAGCAAUCCAAACUACUUAUUGGUUCAUUUGAUUUUAUUGGCCUAAAUUAUUACUCUACAACAUAUGCCUCUGAUGCACCUCAGCUAAGCAAUGCUAGACCUAAUUACAUAACAGAUUCUCUUGUCAGUCCAGCAUUUGAACGCGAUGGAAAACCUAUCGGUAUAAAGAUUGCUUCUGAAUGGAUAUAUGUUUAUCCUAGAGGAAUUCGUGACCUUUUAUUAUAUACCAAGGAAAAGUACAAUAAUCCUUUGAUUUACAUCACUGAAAAUGGUAUAAAUGAGUAUGAUGAACCAACACAAUCACUUGAGGAAUCUCUUAUGGAUAUUUAUAGAAUUGAUUAUCAUUAUCGUCAUCUUUUUUAUCUUCUAUCUGCUAUUAGGAAUGGCUCAAAUGUAAAGGGAUAUUAUGUAUGGUCUUUGUUCGACAAUUUUGAAUGGUCUUCCGGUUUUACAUCAAGAUUUGGAAUGAUUUAUGUAGAUUACAAAAAUGAUUUGAAGAGAUACAAGAAAUUCUCUGCAUUAUGGUUUGAGAAUUUUCUGAAGAAAGAAACCAAACUAUAUGGUUCUAGCAAAUAGUAUUAUGAAAUUUGUUUACAAAAUAGUUAUAUAUAUUUGUAAAUAAUUAUUUGAUUUGUAUUUGGUCAUUCUUUUAUUCUAUCGAGGUCCUAUUGGACUUAGAGGGGAAAUAGAGAUGUAGAUCUAUUGAUAAUUGCUACUAUUUUGUUACAUUAAGAAUGAAAGAAAUUUUUUGUUAUGAUAAAGUUAUUAUUUUUU